UCUCUCCUUUUACUAAAAAAAAAAAAAAAUCAGCUGAAGGUGCUUGUGGAGGAACUCUUCGUGGGACCAGUGGAAUUAUUUCAAGUCCUCACUUUCCUUCAGAAUAUGACAAUAGUGCAGACUGCACGUGGACCAUUCUGGCAGAGCCAGGAGACACCAUCGCUCUGGUUUUCACAGAUUUCCAACUGGAAGAAGGCUAUGAUUUCUUGGAAAUCAGCGGCACUGAAGCCCCAUCCAUAUGGUUGACUGGCAUGAAUCUGCCUUCACCUGUUAUCAGCAGUAAAAACUGGUUACGGCUCCAUUUCACUUCUGACAGUAAUCACAGGCGGAAAGGAUUUAACGCUCAGUUCCAAGUGAAAAAGGCAAUUGAGCUGAAAUCGAGAGGCGUCAAGAUGUUGCCCAACAAAGAAAACAAUCACAAGAAUUCUUUUUUGAGUCAAGGAGGAGAUGCUGUUGCCUCAGAUAUGUGUCCUGACCCAGGGAUUCCUGAAAAUGGGAAGCGAGCAGGCUUGGACUUUAGAGUUGGUGCUAGUGUGCAUUUUACCUGCGAAGAUAAUUAUGUGCUCCAAGGAACAAAAAGCAUUACUUGUCAAAAGGUGACAGAUACUUUAGCUGCUUGGAGUGACCAUAGGCCAAUUUGCCGUGCUAGAACGUGUGGUUCUAACCUCCGUGGUCCAAGUGGUAUUAUCACAUCACCCAAUUAUCCUGUUCAAUAUGAAGACAAUGCACACUGUGUAUGGGUUAUAACAACCCUUGAUCCAGAAAAGGUCAUAAAGCUUGCUUUUGAAGAAUUUGAGCUGGAAAGAGGAUAUGACACUCUUACAGUAGGAGAUGCUGGCAAAGUGGGAGAUACAAGAACAGUUUUAUAUGUUCUGACAGGCUCCAGCGUUCCUGAUCUUAUUGUAAGCAUGAGCAACCAGAUGUGGCUCCAUUUACAGUCAGAUGACAGCAUUGGCUCACUAGGAUUCAAAGCUGUUUAUCAAGAAAUAGAGAAAGGUGGCUGUGGUGAUCCUGGAGUUCCAUCUUAUGGGAAGAGGACUGGGAAUAGUUUCCUUCACGGAGAUUCUCUUACUUUUGAAUGUCAGGCAGCAUUUGAACUUGUGGGAGAGAGAAUGAUCACAUGUCAGCAGAACAAUCAGUGGUCUGGCAAUAAACCCAGUUGUGUUUUCUCAUGUUUCUUCAAUUUCACAACACCUUCAGGAAUUAUUCUUUCACCAAACUAUCCCGAAGAAUAUGGAAACAACAUGAAUUGUGUAUGGCUGAUUAUUUCAGAACUGGGGAGCAGGAUACAUCUUAUUUUUAAUGACUUUGAUGUAGAGCCUCAGUUUGAUUAUUUGACAGUGAAAGAUGAUGGGCUUUCUGACCUACCAGCUCUUGGUACUUUUUCGGGCAAUGAUGUGCCUUCUCAAAUUGCCAGCAAUGGACACAUAGUACGCCUUGAAUUUCAAUCAGAUCAUUCAACUACUGGAAGGGGAUUCAAUAUAACCUAUACUACAUUUGGUCAAAAUGAGUGCCAUGAUCCAGGAAUCCCCAUCAAUGGAAGACGCUUUGGAGACAGAUUCCUUCUAGGAAGCUCAGUUUCUUUUCAUUGUGAUGAUGGCUUUGUGAAAACUCAGGGCUCAGAGACUAUAACUUGUGUACUGCAAGAUGGAAAUGUUGUAUGGAGUUCAACUGUCCCACGUUGUGAAGCACCGUGUGGUGGCCAUCUGACUGCAUCUAAUGGCAUCAUUUUGCCACCAGGAUGGCCAGGGUACUACAAAGAUUCAUUAAACUGCGAAUGGGUCAUUGAAGGCAAGAAAGGGCACUCCAUUAAGAUCACCUUUGAUAAAUUCCAAACAGAAGUAAAUUAUGAUACAUUGGAAAUCAGAGAUGGACCAAGUGGUUCAUCCCCAUUAAUUGGGGAAUAUCAUGGUACCCAAGCACCACAGUUUCUUAUUAGUACUGGCAAUUUUAUGUAUCUGUUAUUCACCACGGACAACAGCCGUUCUAGUGUUGGUUUCUUAAUUCACUAUGAGAGUGUCACACUGGAAUCUGACUCCUGCCUUGACCCAGGAAUUCCAGUAAAUGGCCACCGUCAUGGCAAUAAUUUCAGUAUCCGAUCUACAGUAACAUUUAGCUGUGAUCCAGGUUAUACUCUGAGUGAUGAUGAACCACUUCUGUGUGAAAGAAAUCACCAGUGGAAUCAUGCACUGCCUAGCUGUGAUGCUCUAUGUGGUGGCUAUAUUUAUGGAAGGAGUGGAACUCUUCUGUCACCAGGCUUUCCUGAUUUUUAUCCCAAUUCUUUAAACUGCACAUGGACAAUUGAGGUUUCUCAUGGCAAAGGUGUUCAACUGAUCUUCCACACCUUUCACUUGGAGAGCUCCCAUGACUAUUUGCUCAUCACGGAAGAUGGGAGCUUUACAGAACCUGUGGCAAGAUUAACCGGAUCUGUUUUACCUCCAACCAUUAAAGCUGGGCUCUUUGGAAACUUUACUGCACAACUUCGAUUCAUUUCUGACUUUUCCAUUUCCUAUGAAGGUUUUAAUAUAACAUUUUCAGAAUAUGAUCUGGAGCCUUGCGAUGACCCUGGGGUUCCUGCCUUCAGUCGACGCAUAGGAUUUCAUUUUGAAGUUGGAGAUUCCUUGACAUUUUCUUGUUUUCCUGGAUAUCGUUUGGAAGGUGCGAUCAAGAUUAUCUGUCUGGGUGGUGGCCGUCGUGUAUGGAGUGCACCUCUGCCAAGGUGUGUGGCUGAAUGUGGAGCAAGUGUAUCUGGGAAUGAAGGAACAUUGCUAUCACCAAAUUUUCCAUCUAACUAUGACAACAACCAUGAAUGCAUCUAUAAAAUUGAAACUGAACCUGGGAAAGGCAUCCACUUAAGAGCCAGAACCUUUAAACUUCAUGAUGGUGAUACUGUUAAGGUGUAUGAUGGAAAAGACAGUUCAUCACGUUUGUUGGGAACUUUUACAAAAAUGGAAUUGCUAGAACUCAUUCUUAAUAGCACAUCUAAUCAUUUAUGGAUAGAAUUUAACAGUAAUGGAUCAGAUACAGACCAAGGUUUUCAUCUCACAUAUACAAGCUUUGAUUUAGUGAAAUGUGAAGAUCCUGGAACCCCAAACUAUGGCUACAGAAUCCGUGAUGAAGGACAUUAUACAGAAACAGUGGUUUUAUACAGUUGUAAUCCAGGCUACACGAUGCAUGGUAGUAAUAUUAUUACUUGCUUAAGUGGCGAUCGAAGAGUUUGGGACAAGCCCUUACCUACUUGCAUAGCCGAAUGUGGUGGACGAAUUCAUGCUGCUACUUCUGGUCGUAUCCUUUCUCCAGGUUAUCCAGCUCCAUAUGACAACAAUCUGCACUGCACUUGGAUUAUAGAAGCAGAUCUUGGGAGAACAAUUAGUCUGCAUUUUAUUGUUUUUGAUACUGAGGUGGGUCAUGACAUCCUCAAAGUCUGGGAUGGUCCCAUUGAAAGCAACAUUUUGCUGAAAGAGUGGAGUGGUUCAGCUCUUCCUGAAGACAUUUACAGCACUUUCAAUUCACUGACCUUACAAUUUGACAGUGACUUCUUUAUCAGCAAAUCUGGCUUUUCUAUCCAGUUUUCAACAUCAAUUGCAUCUACUUGUAAUGAUCCUGGAACCCCACAGAAUGGAAGUAGAUAUGGAGACAGCAGAGAGCCUGGAGAUACAAUCACCUUCCAGUGUGACCCAGGGUAUCAACUCCAAGGAGAAGAUAAAAUUACUUGUGUACAACUGAACAAUCGAUUCUUUUGGCAGCCUGGUGCACCAACAUGUCUAGCUGCAUGUGGUGGAAAUCUUACAGGUCCAGCAGGUGUUAUUUUAUCACCAAACUAUCCACAGCCAUAUCCUCCAGGGAAGGAAUGUGACUGGAGAAUAAAAGUAAACCCUGAUUUUGUCAUUGCUUUGAUAUUCAGAAGUUUCAACAUGGAACCUAGUUAUGAUUUUUUGCAUAUUUAUGAAGGAGGAGAUUCUAACAGCCCUCUGAUUGGCAGUUUUCAAGGUUCCCAGGCCCCAGAUAGAAUAGAGAGCAAUGGCAAUAAUCUGUUCUUGGCAUUUCGGAGUGAUGCUUCAGUUGGCAUGGCAGGAUUUGCCAUUGACUAUAAAGAAAAACCACGGGAAGCAUGUUUUGACCCCGGCAACAUAAUGAAUGGAACCAGAAUUGGAACAGACUUUAAACUUGGGUCAAGUAUUACUUAUCAGUGUGAUUCAGGUUACAAGAUUAUUGAUCCUUCUACUGUCAUUUGUGUGAUUGGUGUUGAUGGAAAACCUGCAUGGAACAGAGUCUUGCCAUUUUGUAGUGCUCCCUGUGGAGGCCAGUAUACUGGAUCAGAGGGAGUAGUUUUAUCACCAAAUUAUCCUCAGAACUACACUACUGGGGUGACUUGUCAAUAUUCAAUUACAGUUCCUAAAGAAUUUGUUGUGUUUGGACAGUUUGCCUAUUUCCAAACAGCUCUAAAUGAUGUAGUAGAAUUAUUUGAUGGAGAACAUCCUCAAGCUAGACUUCUGAGUUCACUUUCUGGAUCUCAUUCAGGAGAGACCCUGCCUUUAGCUACAUCCAAUCAGAUUCUCUUGAGGUUUAGUGCCAAGAGUGAAGCAUCUGCAAGGGGCUUUCAUUUUGUCUAUCAAGCGGUUCCACGAACAAGUGAUACGCAAUGCAGCUCCGUCCCAGAGCCAAGAUAUGGCAGGAGGAUUGGCUCUGAAUUUUCAGCUGGUUCUGUAGUUCGCUUUGAAUGUAGUCCAGGCUAUCUUCUCCAAGGCUCCAAAGCUAUCCGCUGCCGUUCUGUGCCCAAUGCUUUAGCACAGUGGAACGACACAGUGCCAAGCUGUGUGGUGCCAUGCAACCGGAAUUUCACUGAACGCAGAGGUACUAUACUGUCCCCAGGUUAUCCUGAACCUUAUGGUAACAGCUUGAAUUGUGUGUGGAAAAUCAUAGUGACUGAGGGAUCAGGUAUUCAGAUACAGGUAAUAAACUUUGCCACUGAACAUAAUUGGGACUCUCUUGAAAUUUAUGAUGGUGGUGAUAUGACUGCACCAAGGCUUGGAAGCUUUUCAGGUACCACAGUACCAGCACUGUUGAACAGCACUUCCAAUCAACUUUAUUUACAUUUUCAUUCUGAUAUUAGUGUAGCGGCAGCUGGUUUUCACCUGGAAUAUAAAACUGUAGGUCUUGCUUCCUGCCCAGAACCUGUAAUUCCUAGCAAUGGAUUUAAAAUUGGUGAUAGAUAUAUGGUGAAUGAUGUUUUAUCAUUUCAGUGUGAGCCAGGAUAUACAUUACAGGGACGUUCUCAUAUUUCUUGUAUGCCUGGAACAGUUCGCCGUUGGAAUUAUCCUUCUCCUCUCUGUAUUGCCAAAUGUGGUGGUACACUGACAAACAUGGCUGGCGUGAUCCUGAGCCCAGGUUUCCCAGGAAAUUAUCCUAGUAAUCUAGGCUGCACAUGGAAGAUAUUAUUGCCUACUGGAUAUGGGGCACAUCUACAAUUUCUGAACUUCUCCACUGAAGCUAACCAUGACUUCCUUGAAAUUCAAAAUGGGCCUUACCACAUCAGUUCUAUGAUUGGCCAGUUCAGUGGUACAGAUCUUCCACCAUCUUUAUUAAGUACAACACAUGAAACUCUCAUCCAUUUUUAUAGUGAUCACUCAGAAAACCGACAUGGAUUUAAAUUUGCAUAUCAAGCUUAUGAAUUACAGAAUUGUCCAGAUCCUCCUCCAUUUUAUAAUGGAUAUAUAAUCAAUUCCGAUUACAGUGUGGGCCAGUCUAUCUCUUUUGAAUGCUAUCCUGGAUAUGUGUUAAUCGGUCACUCCGUGCUCACUUGCCAUCAUGGGAUCAACAGGAAUUGGAACCAUCCUUUUCCAAAGUGUGAAGCCCCUUGUGGAUAUAAUGAAACAUCUCAGAAUGGUACUGUGUAUUCACCAGGAUUUCCAGAUGAAUAUCCAAAUUCAAAAGAUUGUACAUGGCUUAUAACUGUAGCCCAGGGUCAUGGCAUCUAUAUCAAUUUCACAUUACUCCAAACAGAAUUAGUGAAUGACUACAUUGCAGUAUGGGAUGGCCCAGACCAAAAUUCACCCCAGUUGGGAGUGUUCAGUGGGAACACAGCUCUGGAAACUGCCUUUAGCUCCAGCAAUCAAGUCCUUCUCAAGUUUCACAGUGAUUUCUCCACUGGAGGAUUUUUUGUUCUCAAUUUUCAUGCAUAUCAGCUUAAGAAAUGCCAGUCUCCUCCAUCAGUUCUGCAUGCUGAAUUGCUUGCUGAAGAUGAUGAUUUUGAAAUAGGAGACUUUGUCAAAUACAAGUGUCACCCUGGCUAUACUUUGGUUGGAAAUGACAUGAUGUUCUGUAAGUUAAAAGCCCUACUUCAGUUUGAGGGGUCUUCUCCAGUUUGUGAAGCACAGUGCCCAGCAAAUGAAAUUCAUACAAUGUCAUCUGGUGUAAUCCUCAGUCCAGGUUAUCCAGGAAACUAUCUCAAUUCACAAACAUGUGCCUGGACUCUUAAAGUUGAGCCAAACUAUAAUAUCACUGUUUUCGUAGAAUCGUUUCAAAGCGAAAAGCAGUUUGAUGAGCUGGAAAUCUUUGAUGGUUCUUCGGGACAAAGCCCUUUGUUGGUUGCCUUGAGUGGAAAUCAUACUGGGCAACUUAACUAUACAAGCAAAUCCAACCAGUUGUAUCUGCGUUGGUCAACUGACCAUGCAACUACUAAAAAAGGUUUCAAGAUACGUUAUUCAGCUCCAUACUGCAGCUUAAAUCAUAUUGUGAAGAAUGGUGGAAUUGUAAAUAAAACCAAGGGCACAAUUGGCAGCAUAAUUCACUACUAUUGUAAAUCUGGAUACAGGAUUAUUGGUCAUAGCAAUGCAACAUGCAGACAUCACCCAAAUGGCAUGUAUCAAUGGGAUUCUCCUCCACCUCUUUGCCAAGCUGUAUCCUGUGGUAUUCCAGAGUCUCCGGGAAAUGGUUCAGUUUGGGGUAAUGAAUUUAUUUUGGGUAGCAGAGUGAUAUAUGAAUGUAAUGAAGGCUUCAAGCUAGAAUCUAGUCAACAAACAACAGCAGUAUGUCAAGAAGAUGGAUUGUGGAGUAAUAAAGGAAGACCACCUGUCUGUAAGCCUGUGAUUUGCCCCAGCAUUGAAAGUCGGCUUUCAGAACAUGUCGUCUGGAGACUGAUUUCUGGGUCAGUGAAUGAGUUUGGAGCACAAAUCAUGUUGAGCUGCAGCCCUGGUUAUUAUUUAGAGGGGCAGAGACUCAUAAUGUGUACAACUAAUGGAACUUGGAGUGAUACUAAUGAGAGACCAACGUGUAAGGUUAUUUCAUGUGGAAGUCUUCCCUCUCCACCAAAUGGAAAUAAGAUUGGGACCAUGACAAUUUAUGGAGCCACAGCAAUCUUUACCUGUAACACUGGAUAUACACUUGUUGGGUCUCACGUGAGAGAAUGCUUAGCAAAUGGACUUUGGAGUGGAACUGAAACACGGUGUCUUGCUGGACACUGUGGUUCUCCAGAUCCAAUUGUAAACGGUCACAUUAGUGGCGAUGGUUUCAGUUACCGUGAUACUGUGGUGUACCAAUGCAAUCCCGGUUUUCGACUUGUUGGCACAUCUGUUCGGAUAUGCUUACAAGAUCACAAGUGGUCUGGGCAAACUCCGGUUUGUGUCCCAAUCACGUGUGGCCAUCCAGGAAACCCUUUGCAUGGUGUAACCAACGGCAGUGAAUUCAACUUGAACGAUGUAGUCAACUUCACCUGCAAUACAGGAUAUUUACUUCAGGGUGUCUCCCGAGCACAGUGCAGAAGCAAUGGACAGUGGAGCAGUUCUUUACCCAGUUGUCAAGUGGUGAACUGUUCAGAUCCAGGCUUUAUGGAAAAUUCUAUUCGUCACGGACAGCAGAAUUUCCCUGAAUCUUUCAAGUAUGGAAGCAGUGUCAUAUACCACUGUAAGAAGGGAUUCUAUCUUCUAGGAUCUUCCACUGUAACAUGUAAAGCCAAUGGUUUAUGGGACAGAUCAUUACCCAAAUGUUUGCCAAUAUCUUGUGGACAUCCUGGAGUGCCAACAAAUGCAAUUCUAUCAGGAGACAAAUUUACAUUUGGAUCUGUUGUUCACUACUCGUGCACAGAACGGCAAACUCUCUUGGGAAACUCUAGCAGAGUGUGCCAGGAAAACAGCCGCUGGAGUGGGACACUCCCUCAUUGUUCAGGAAACAAUCCAGGAUAUUGUGAUGAUCCCGGAAUGCCCUCUCAUAGUUCUAGACUUGGUGAUGAGUUCAAGAUCAAAAGCCUAAUACGUUUUUCCUGCGAAAUGGGCUAUCAGUUGAGAGGUUCCCCAGAAAGAACAUGUCUUCUUAAUGGAUCUUGGUCUGGAUUGCAACCGGUCUGUGAAGCUGUAUCUUGUGGAAAUCCUGGAACACCGGCCAAUGGCAAGAUAAUCUAUAGUGAUGGGAUUUCAUUUUCUAGCUCAGUUAUUUAUGCUUGUUGGGAAGGCUAUAAGACUUCUGGCCUGACAACUCGCCAUUGUACAGCUAAUGGGACAUGGACAGGCACUGCCCCAGACUGUACAGUGAUCAGUUGUGGAGAUCCAGGUGAAUUGGCAAAUGGCAUUCAGUUUGGAAAUGAUUUCUCAUUUAAUAAGACAAUAACCUAUCAGUGUAAUCCAGGCUACCUGAUGGAACCUGUUGGAGCAUCCACCAUCCGUUGUACCAAAGAUGGAACUUGGAACCAGAGUAAACCCAUCUGUAAAGUUAUUACCUGUGGACCACCUCCUCAGGUCCUAUAUGGAAAGGUGGAAGGAUCUGCUUUCCACUGGGGAUCAAGUAUAAGUUACAGCUGUGCUGAUGGGUAUCACCUUUCCAAUUCUGCUAUCCUUUCAUGUGAAGGUAGAGGAGUAUGGAGAGGAGACAUUCCACAGUGCCUACCUGUCUAUUGUGGAGAACCUGGUGUUCCAGCUAAUGGGAGACUCAGCGGUAAAAGUUUCACCUACAGAUCUGAAGUCACUUUCCAGUGCAGACCAUCUUUGAUAUUGAUAGGAUCUUCAAGGCGAGUUUGCCAAGCUGAUGGUACAUGGAGUGGAAUUCAGCCCACAUGCAUUGAUCCUGCUCAUAACAGCUGCCCAGAUCCUGGAACACCACAUUAUGGAAUCCAGAAUAGCUCCACAGGUUAUGAGGUAGGGAGCAGGGUCUUCUUCAGAUGUAGAAAGGGUUAUCAUAUUCAGGGCUCUUCUACAAGAACAUGCCUUUCGAAUUUAACUUGGAGCGGCAUACAACCUGAAUGUAUUCCUCAUGGCUGUAGGCAGCCAGAGACGCCAGCGAAUGUAGAUGUAAAAGCAAUAGAUCUACCUACUCUAGGCUAUACUCUGGUGUAUACGUGUCAGCCGGGAUUUUUUCUUGCUGGUGGAUCAGAACACCGGACAUGUAAACCAGACAUGAAAUGGACAGGAAAGUCACCUGUUUGUAAAAGUAAAGGAGUGAGAGAAGUUAAUGAGACAGUAACUAAAACACCAGUUCCCUCAGAUGUAUUUUUUAUAAAUUCAUUGUGGAAGGGGUUUUAUGAGCAUCUAAGGAAAAGACAAGUUGCAACUCUUACAGUUGACUGGUUCAAUGCUACAAGCAGUAAGGUGAAUGCUACUUUCAUUGACACAUCCAGCAUGAAACUUAAAUUAUCAGGCACUUACAAGAAAGAAGAAGCUCAUUUGCUUCUGAAAGUCUAUCAUGUUAAAAAUCCUAAAGAAGGUUUUGUAAACAAGCUUGAAAACGACAAGUGGGCAUUGGAUGGCUAUGUGUCAUCUGGGCUUGAAAGAGGUGUCUUUACUUAUCAAGGUGAUAUACACGGAAAAGAUUUUGGAAAAUUUAUGUUCCAAAGAGAAAGUCCUUUAAAUGUGGAUGCCGAUCACUCCAAUCACAGCUAUGGUACAAAUAGCAGUUCUGUGGCAGCUGCCAUCCUAGUACCCUUCUUUGCUCUAAUAUUAUCAGGGUUUGCAUUUUACCUCUACAAACACAGAACAAGACCAAAAGUACAGUACAAUGGUUAUGCUGGACACGAAAACAGCAAUGGACAGGCGUCAUUUGAAAAUCCUAUGUAUGAUACAAACUUAAAGCCCACAGAGGCAAAAGCUGUGAGGUUUGACACAACUCUGAACACAGUUUGUACAGUGGUAUAGCCUUCAGUGCCCAAUUUGACUGAUUCAUAGCCAUACCUCUGAUGGACAAGCAGUAAUUCCUUUGGUGCCAUAUACCAGUUUCCCUUCUCCACUUGACUUCACUGCUGUAAUCUUUAACAUCUCCUGGCAUAGAUGCAGCAAGGCUUUUUUGCUGGAACCUCGGUCUUUUGGGGAAUCAAGACUAAGAUGAUGUCUUUGUCUCAAAGGUAGAUUUGAAAUAUCUGGCUAUAUUUGCUCCAAAUUAAGGCACACUUUCAAGGAAGACUGCCAAGUCAUAUCCAUCUGUCAUAUUUAAAUGCCUCAGACCUUCACAUUUGUAUGUGGCUGGAUGCCUUUCAAUGCAAUCUUCUGGGCACUCGGAUCACUCCCUUGGGACCUAUAACAAACAAUAGCACCAUAAAUUAUCCCCAGGAAUAAGAACACUCUGAAGGAGAUUUAAACAAAACCAAUCAAAGGAGAUGACAAACUUCCUCGGGGCCUGCACACAUCUACGAAAUGCUUUACCAUUGAAACCUUGUUCACAAUACAGCCGUACAGUAUAUCUCAGAUGUUCAUGUAGAAGGCAAUCUACAAACUUCCCAGUCAGCUGUUGUAUUGCAAAAUGUUAAUGCACAAUUUUUUGCACUAGUGUGGUAUGAAUGAAUAAGAUACUGGUUAAAAAAAAAACAAAAUAUACAGGGUUUAUACACACAUUGUAUAUAAGCAUUUGGCCUUUUUUUAAUCCAGUAAAUCAUUCCAUGACACUUUUUUUUCCCUAAUACAGUAUGUAUGUUGCACAACAAUCCAUUUAUUUAAUCCUGCUAGGAUAAUUCAUAAACAGAAGGAGACUAUAUUCUGAUUGGGUUUUUUUUUCUAUAAACACCAGAGCUAGGAAUAAGAAUAAUUAAAUGGAUUAUGAAGAGAGGGGUCCCAUAUCUACUAAACAUUAAUCCCAGUAUUGUUUCUUCUCUGAUGUGAUUCAUUACUGUCAGUGUCAUACUGUUUAACAGCAGGGGGGUCAGGCAGCGUCUGCUGCUUGCCAUGUACAAAAUGUGAAUAGUAAUUUAUUUUAAAUAGUUCAUAAAGCCUGUGAGCCUUGUGCUCAUAAAACAGUCUUCCUUUUUGCAUUCUUUUCCAUCUUUUCUUCUUCCUCUCCACUGACAUGAAUUUCUGCUGUACCAUUAUGCUUUCAGAGGCAUAGAACUCGGAGCUCAGUUUUAUAGUCAACACAGUAACUUCCCACAGCAAUCAUGACUCUUUUCCAUGGGUUGUAUGGGUGUGUGCGCACAUGUCUCUGUGUGUGUAUCUCUGUGUGUGAUUGUUUUGUUUGCUACAUUUUUAACCAAUACUGCUUAAUGCUUUUGUAAUCAUACAGCUUGACAGAGCAAGUUUGAGAUUUAGAGGUAUUCCUCAGUAUAAUAAAAUGAGCAUAGCCUUCCCCUCCCCCCAAAAUGGGGAUAGGCUACAACAAAAAUAAUUGACAGAUUCUUUAAUCAUGAAAUUAUUUGACAAAUAUCAUUGAUUCAAUGUGGCACACCUAUAGCAUGGAUCCACAAAUGGCAUUGGCAUAAGGAAUCUAUAGCACUGUUGACAGGAUUAAGGAUACCUAUACAAAUAGGUACGAUGGAAUCAGACUUUGCUACUCUCUAUUUCUUUGCUUAGUAGACUAGUGUGAGAACAAGGCAUAAGAGUCUCUUUGUAUUGUACUGGGCAAUAGAGUGUCACCAUCAUAUAACUGAAAGUCCAGUUCAUUCAGCUUGCACAAAAUGUUGACUGCAACUCUUAUCAGUUAAGUCAACCUUAUUGGUUACAUCCAAUUUUAGCUUGGAUGCAAUUAUCUGGACAGUUAUGCAAUGAUGUGCAAAUACCUAAUUCAUCCUGAUGGACUUAAGGACACGUGCUUAUGCACUGUUAUUUAUAUCAUUACAGGAUAAGUCAUUGCUAUUAUUUCUCCUAGCUUCAGUGGGAUAAUAAUGGGAUAUGUUACCACUGAUUUAGAAAGAAAAGAAAAGAAAGAAAGAAAGAAUUACUUUUAGGAUUUUUCUUCCCCAAAGUUUCUUCAAAUUAGUACACAAGACAAGUUCUAAACAGCUGCACAAUUAACUCCUCACGUUCUCAGGAACACUGGGCUUAUUUAAAAUAACAGCCCUAAGCAACAUUAAAUUAUUUUUGAAAUGGAAAAAUAGAACAGGAUUUCAAACUAAAUUAGUAUAUCACAAGGACCUCUUUUUGUGUUGUUAAGUGGAAGAAAACCCUUGGCAAUCCAAAUCUCUGGGUGCCUAAAGUAGCUGUUUGGAUCUUGACCGUGAUUUUGUCUACCCUCCCACUCAAAGUUUCUUUCUUUGCUUUUAAUUCUUGUUGAACACUUUAAUGACUAAAUAUGUUACCAAAAAUUCAGUGUUAACAGGAAAGAUGAUAACUUUAUGUUAUAUGGCAAGAAAAGUUUGCAAGGCAAUCUGAUCAAAAUAGAAAACGUUAUAUAGUUUUGAUGGAAGAUACCAGCAAUAUCAAUAUAUUUUGCUGUCUGAUUUUUUUUUAAAGUUUAUUCUUAUAAACCUAGGAGAUGUCUAGAUGCCUUGCUUUGCUUCAGAUGCUGAUAAUCUGUGAAUAUGCCAUGUGCAGUUACAAUUUUAUAUGAUCUUCAACAAAUGUUUGCAUUCUCUGGAAGGACAGCAGUGUCAAGUUACAUUUCUUGAAGUGUAGCUUCCUUGCUGUCUUAUAUUGUUGUCACUGGAGAAAGUCAAACCAUCACUGCUGCCUUUGUAGUCACUUUAUCUAAAAUUAUACUGAUGGCAAAAGUAACCAAAGUUAUUUAAAAAAAAUACAGCAUUGAGAGAAAUAACUGAUUUUUUUCUAACUAUUACCAAGUCUGGAUAAAAUGUAAGAAGAGAGAAAAUUUUAUAAUAGUGUUAUCAGCAUGUGUCCUGAUUCAGAAAUCUACCUGUGCUGAUAAAUGCAAAAUAUCUCUUCUCUUCUUAAUUUCAUUGCUUUGAAGUCAGGUGCACAGUAGAAGGCCUACUGGAUGAGCUUCAUCUAUUGAAAUGAAUUGGGAGAACAUUCCAGUUAAUGGACUAGCAUUCAUUGAUCACAAUGAAUCAUGAAAUUAGAAUGAUAGUUUUGCUUUUUUGUUCUCUUUUAUAGUGUCUUUGUUUAAGAUCUUGACUAUGCUUCACAUGUAACAGUGAAGUAUAAUUAUAUCACAAAGAGUAAAGUUGUUUAUGCUACAAUUAGAAGUCAUCAACACUUUACCUAAUGCAGGCAAAACCAUUUCAGUUGGAAAUAUUUCAUUUGAGUUGGUACUAAACUUUCUGCAGGCCCACUGAUACUGGUGAAACUGCAGGAAAACAGCUUGUUUUGCACGUAUAGUGUAUCUAUCCAAUAAAAAAAAUAGGUUUGUAGAAAGGCUUUUUUUUUGUUUUGUUUUUUUGGGUCACCUCUGUGCCUAUUUUGUGUUCCAUCUGUUUUCGUUACAGUCACAUUGUAUGCACUGACCAAGUUUGAUCUUCCAUUUCUUCCAUUAUUUUCAGAGCCCAGAUCCUCAAGUGCCACCUAAAGUCUAUUCACUUGAGUAGGGCUUGAGCUGCAGAGCAACUUGAAAACAAGCCAAGUUCCCUCAGUCGCUCUGGUAUUCUCAUGCCAAAGCAAGUAAUGCAUUUUUUUUUUCUAUGAGGCAUUUAUAGUUGACUCUUCCCCAAGAAGUCUCAGAUUGAUUAUGAUAAAGCAAAGAUGAACAUGCUAAAAGAAAGAAUUUUUAAAAAAGAAAAAAGAAAAAAAAAGGUAAUGUGCUUCAAAGCUGUUUAAAUCUGCUUGUAUUACCCAUCUUGCCUUUCUCCAGGCUAGCUGCAAUAAUUUUUUUUCUUCUGUAAUAUAUUUUGUAAACUAAACAAGCUGUCAUUCAAGAAGAGGGAGGGGGAAGCUGGCAUUAUGACCAUCAACCUAAUUUUCAUUCUCAGUACUCCAUUUUGCCAUUUCACCUCAUGCUGCUGUGACAUGAAGUAGGUGCAAAAGAACUUUUUUGUACAGAGAUAUAUUUUUUAUGAAACAUUUGUAAAAUUAUUAAAUAUGCUGUACUUUUUGAUUAAUGUAGGUAAAUUGUUAAAAAAAUGUUUUUACAAUACAAAGAAAGAAAAUCCUGUAAUUUUCCCAAUACUGUAAAAUGCACCAUCUUUAGCUGAUUUUUUUCAGUUCUGAAUCUAUUCCACAUGUAUUAAUAUUAAAGUGGCCUGUUUAAAAUAUACAGUAAUUUUUUGGGGCAAAACAAAAAAAAGUAUAAAAGAUUGUAAUAUAGCCUGUGCAAUGCCACCUAUCUUGA